AUGAUUCCGAAUCUAUUGUACAACGGGUGUGGACUUUGCUACCACCAAGAAUAUGACGAACAGAUACGAGACGACGUGAUUGAUAUGAAAAAGGAAGAUCGAGCUAUUCAAGAAUGGAGGUCUAGGAACAACAACAACAACCACAGACCAUCGUCAUUAUCAUCCGUAUCAUCACGGCGAUAUAGAAGUAAACGAACAAGAUUCGCAGAUAACAAUGAGGAGGAGGAUGGAGAAGAAUAUUCUUCUUCGCAACAGCAACAACAAUAUUCCGCUCAAACAACAGCAUCACCAUCAUCGUGCCGUGUUCGUUCCACAAGAAAGCAUGGUCGUGGUCGUUGCUGGGAUGCUUCCACCGUGUCCGCAUCAACUCGACAGAUACAAGCAGAGAAGAAUCUGCUGCAUCGAAACUUACGAGCUGCUCAAAAAGAACUCUUGGCGCAAGACAAAAUGAUUGUUCAGCUGGAAAGUGAUCUUCAGGUCUUUGAGAUGGAACAUUCCAAACUAGAAGACAAAAUGUACUUGAUGCAACUGGAUCUGGAGGAUGCCCAAACUGCGCUGCGACGAGAAGUGUUGAGGAAUCAGGAAAAUGAACGAUUGCUUCAAGAGUAUAAAAGAGCGGAAGCGAUGAAACAAGAACAAGAACAAGAACAACGACAGGACGAAGAUAAUUCUUGGUUCGGCCUGUGGUACUGA